GUUCUCCAUUGCUUUGACUCACUCUUUUUUUUUUUUUUUUUAAUACAAACCAUUGGAUCUUACAUGCCUCUGUAUCCCUCCACUUCUACUCCAUGUCCCCAUGCUACUGUGCCAGCAACAGGGUCUUGCAAAAACUCAGACUGUUUCCCAAAGCAGAAGCACUGGAGCCCCCAGCAGAAGCGAUGGGCAGUGUGCGAACCAACCGCUACAGCAUCGUCUCUUCGGAAGAAGACGGCAUGAAGUUGGCCACCAUGGCGGUGGCCAAUGGCUUCGGGAACGGGAAGAGCAAAGUGCACACGCGACAGCAGUGCCGGAGCCGCUUCGUGAAGAAGGACGGCCACUGCAACGUGCAGUUCAUCAACGUGGGCGAGAAGGGGCAGCGGUACCUGGCGGACAUCUUCACCACCUGCGUGGACAUCCGCUGGCGGUGGAUGCUGGUGAUCUUCUGCCUGGCGUUCGUGCUGUCCUGGCUCUUCUUCGGCUGCGUGUUUUGGUUGAUCGCUCUGCUCCACGGGGACCUGGAUGCAUCGAAGGAGAGCAAAGCCUGCGUGUCGGAGGUCAACAGCUUCACGGCCGCCUUCCUCUUCUCCAUCGAGACGCAGACCACCAUCGGCUACGGCUUCCGCUGCGUCACGGACGAAUGCCCCAUCGCCGUGUUCAUGGUGGUCUUCCAGUCGAUCGUGGGCUGCAUCAUCGACGCCUUCAUCAUCGGGGCCGUCAUGGCGAAGAUGGCGAAGCCCAAGAAGAGGAACGAGACCCUGGUGUUCAGUAACAACGCCGUGAUCGCCAUGCGGGACGGCAAGCUGUGCCUGAUGUGGCGCGUGGGCAACCUGCGCAAGAGCCACUUGGUGGAGGCGCACGUGCGCGCCCAGCUGCUCAAGUCCCGCAUCACCUCCGAGGGGGAGUACAUCCCCCUGGACCAGAUCGACAUCAACGUGGGUUUCGACAGCGGGAUCGACCGGAUCUUCCUGGUGUCGCCCAUCACCAUCGUCCACGAGAUAGACGAAGACAGCCCCCUGUAUGACUUGAGCAAGCAGGACAUCGACAACGCGGACUUCGAGAUUGUGGUGAUCCUGGAAGGGAUGGUGGAGGCCACGGCCAUGACCACGCAGUGCCGGAGUUCUUACCUGGCUAACGAGAUCCUGUGGGGUCACCGCUACGAGCCGGUGCUCUUCGAAGAGAAGCAUUACUACAAGGUCGAUUAUUCCAGGUUCCACAAGACUUACGAGGUCCCCAACACGCCUCUUUGCAGUGCUAGGGACUUAGCGGAGAAGAAGUACAUCCUCUCCAACGCGAAUUCCUUUUGCUACGAAAACGAGGUUGCCCUCACCAGCAAAGAGGAAGACGACAGUGAAAACGGGCCCCCCGAAAGCACAAGUACGGACUCCCCCCCAGACCUAGACCUGCACAACCAGGCCAGUGUCCCCUUAGAGCCGAGACCCUUAAGGCGAGAAUCGGAGAUAUGACUGGUUGUGUGCCAGCGGGGAGUGGUUCCUUGUCUGGGAUUAUUAUUCACUUCACCACCACGCGGUCUGUGGGUCAAAGGCCUGAGAGAGUGACAGAGACCACAGGACUGGCUCAGAGGUCAGCGCCCCCGCCAGGGACUAAGGCUCGCCAAAAGGUUUCCAGGAAAGACUGUAAGCUCAAUGAUGGGUGGCAUGCACUCAGCACGCCUCCGGGUGACCCCCAAAGGCACAUACGUGUUGUAGAAUAAGUUAUGGGUUGUUUUUUGGUUUGUUAUUGUUUAAUGUAUCGUUUUUGUGUUUUGUGUUUUGUUUUUUUGUUUUUUUACAAAACUUGAAUCUGCAGACAAGCCUAGCUUGGAUAUUCAACUUAUCCAGAAUGCUUUUCUUUAGGGGAACAAGAAUGUUUUUAAUGGCAUAAAACAAAGGUAGCAAGCACUCUGCCUUAAUUUUUUUGAAAAGCUGCUAACUACAUGAACACAAAGUGUAUUUUUGUUGCAAGUGUAGUUUUUCUUGUGUGUAAUUUAAAAGUCAGUGUUGAACUCGGGUUGAAAGCUCACGAAGUGAUUCACGGUGGCAAGUGUUUGGCGAUUAACUGCCAAAAAGGAGAGCCUGAUUUUUCUGAGACUAGUAAUUUGUGUUAAAAUUGAUCGCUCUCUUUUUCUCUCUGUCUCUGUGUCUGUCUCUCUGUCUCUCUGUCUCUGUGUCUGUCUUUUUCUCUCUCACACUCUGGUUAUAUAAGGGCAUUACGUAACACUAGCCAAAUGGUAGCCUCUGGGUUUUAUUUUUGUUGUGUUUUUUUUUUUCUCUCCAUAAUGUUAAUGGAUUAUCUCAAAAUUUAAGUUAGACUACUUAAAAUAAAUACCAAAGAUAAUGCACACUUUUUUGCACAGUGGAGCUUAUGCUAAAAGAAAAAGAAAAAGAAAUAAAGCUCCAAGGGUUGCCUUGAAAUCAAGAGACUUUGAACUGCAGUAAGACCUUGAAGAGCCUGUCUGUUUUGCACCUUUUCUCAAAAAAAAGAAAGA